ACGAGCGGCGCGUCAGGACAAAAAAAAAGAGAAAGCAACCGUGCAAGCAGCAGAGGGUGAGGUCUGCUGAAACAUCUUUCAGAAAAAAUAAAAUAACGCUGUGAGGCUGCCAUCAGACGAGGAGUGCAGCGGUUUGCUCGAUCGUGUGAUUUGUUUGUUUGAUCGUGAAAACAGCCUGUACAGAUGAGGAUGGAGACCUGACGGAGGUGACCGAGCUCCUUCGAGAUAACAACAGGUCAAUCCAGUGACUCAUUCUUCCCUUCAAAAUCUGUAACCACCCAAAAAAGAGCUGGAGCCCAGACGAUCAAGCAUGGAUGUGCCCAGGAUGGCUGAGGGGCUCUUCAGCAGCACCCUAUCCUCGUCAGGAGGGGGCCAUCACGUGCCUUCCUACCUGACGAUGGAGCAGAAGGCCGCCUUUGUCUUUGUGCUGCUUCUCUUCAUCUUCCUGGCCUUGCUCAUUGUGCGCUGCUUCCGCAUUCUGCUGGACCCAUACCGCAGCAUGCCAUCAUCCAACUGGACAGACCACACUGAGAAAGACACAUUUGAUUACCGCAUUGUCUGAGGUUCAAAUUAAAGCAAGUCAAAUUUAAUAAAAUUCUAAUAAAUAAAUAAAUAGACUGAUCCAAGGCUAACUAAGAAGAAAUGACCGCUGAUUCACCAGGAAAACAGUUUUCAGAAAGCCCUCUUCUGAAAGCUCAGCUGAGCCGAAUCACAGGAUUGUUUGCAGAAAUGAGCGAUAACAACAAAUCAACAGCUUCUCCCUGCCAAAUUAGUUAAUUCUCAACUAUAACAAGAGAAAUGCAACUUAUGCUAUGAAGAUUAUCCAUCCACCCAC